AGGUCAAAACCCCAAUUUCGGUCUUUCCCUUAAACCCUUUCUCCGCUACUCCACCGGAGAAUGCAAAUCGGCGGCAUAGUUUCAAGAUCUAGGGCGCGAUGUAUCGCCGCCGCAUACCUCUUUUCCAACCGCUCCUUAUUCUCGAAAUCCCUGCGCAGCUCCAUUACGGCUCCUCUAUUUUCUCCACCCCCAACACAAUCAACCAUCAGUGAUGCUUUCGGGCCGAAAUUGGGCUGCGGCCGGGCCUACCACGACGGAAGGCCUAGAGGCCCGCUGUGGAGAGGGAAGAAGCUCAUCGGGAAGGAGGCGCUCUUCGUCAUAUUAGGCAUGAAACGAUUCAAAGACGAAAACGAAAAGCUUGAUAAAUUCAUCAAGACGCACGUGCUCAGGCUUCUGAAAAUGGAUAUGGUCGCCGUUCUUACUGAGCUCGAGCGCCAGGGGGAGGUGUCUCUCGCCGUCAAGAUGUUUAAGGUGAUUAAGAAACAAGACUGGUACAAACCUGAUGUUUACCUUUAUAAGGAUUUGAUUGUUGCAUUGGCUAGACGGAAAAAGAUGGAGGAUGCGAUGGAUUUGUGGCAAAGUAUGAGACAGGAAGAUCUGUUUCCUGACUCCCAGACUUAUACAGAAGUUAUUCGUGGUUUCUUACAGUAUGGUUCUCCUGCCGACGCCAUGAAUGUCUACGAGGAUAUGAAAAAGUCUCCAGAUCUUCCUGAGCAGUUGCCAUUUAGGAUAUUACUGAAGGGGCUACUUCCGCAUCCCUUGUUGAGGAACAAGGUCAAGCAAGAUUUUGAGGAAAUAUUUCCUGAUCAACGUGUUUAUGAUCCUCCUGAAGAGAUUUUUGGAUUACGAUGAGGAAUUUGGCGUGCUCUGUUCUGCUUGAACCUGCUCCAACUCCGCUACAUUAUGCAAACAAGAGAAGAACUUUUGCUCAUCGAAUGAACAAGUGGAUCCAGGUUUUGCCUUUACUAUAUCUUAGCAUGUGUAUGUAAUUAGGCAACAUUGUGAACUGUCAACUUCUUUAGGGGGCGAGCCCAAAAAUAGCAGUAGCUGAUUUCUAAUGCGCCAUUUACAACGAUGUCUGGUGUAUGUUUCCUUGUUGUAAUCCUAUAUUCACCAAAAUUGAAAAUGCAAAGCCCAAACAUUGAAUAAAGAAGAAAAAAAGCAUCCUUUCCUUAGUCAAAAUGAGCUUAUAUACAUGUGAAUAAAAGGAAGGCUUAGGAAUGGCAAUGAGGCAGAGUAGAACUAGGGUGGCGCAGCAGGCGCGAUCUGCACAAGGGGCAGGUGAAUUGACACGUCUCGAGCCAUUUCUCCAUGCACUCCACGUGAAACGUGUGCCCACACCUCACUAACUUGUUAACCAAAUCUUUCUUCUCGAACUCCACCAAGCAAAUUGAACACAUUUCUUCCUCCUCCACCUCCUCCUCAUUGUCCACAUCGCGAAAAUGUGAAACUGGGAGAUCGAGAUUGCAGGAAGGAGUCUCGUCCGGGAGUUGAUGGUGGGGGUUGACGAGGAAGGCCAGGAUUUUGGCGAGCAAUUGAGUCGUACGGUGGAGUGGGAUCCAUAUGCAGGUACAUAGGAUGAAGGUGAAUGUGCAUAAAUGGGAGUCUGCAUACAUACAAAUCAUCUGGUUAUCUUGUGCUUUCUGCAACUGGAGAGUUGGGUUUGAAGUGUAAGUUGUUUUGAUGAGGAAGAUAGGAAAAUGGGUUUGAGUGAUUGCCUUUAUAUACAGCAGAAGGGGCAAUCAUGCUACCUAAGUCAACUGUUAUUUCUUGGGUUAUUGAAAUAUGAUCUUUAUGGAUUUCCCAACACUACUACUGAUCUUACUAGUUAUAGCUUUUUUGA